AUGGUCACGGCCCACGUGAUGUUGGACCAGGCUCUGGCCGACACCAACCGAUCGCUCGACUAUGCCCCGAUUUUCGGCUUUCCGGCCCUGGACCUGACUGCGGGCUGCACGCCGGAGCUGGGUUUCCUCUAUUGGCAUGGGCUGUGGCCCAUUCCCCACGCUGGCACAGGUCUCAACUCAACGUUGGCCCACGUGAGCGAGCCCCGUCGGCACGAUGGUGCCAUUGUUUUCACCCAGCCGUUUGAUCGAAAUGGAGGCACCCUGCCUGCUUCCGCUGCCUACUCAAGCUUGGUGGUUGGUCCCUUGUCUCACCUCGCCACCACGGUUUUUGAGGUCGAUGCUGAGCAACGCCUCGAGUUUGGGCCCCCCAGCCAGAUCUCCAGUCUGGAUGCCAAUUGGACCUUUUCUACCCUCCUCGUUGCUGGUGCGGGCACCACUGCAGCCGUGCAUGCUUAUGGCGCAGCCCUCAAGGCUUGGCAUGGAAUGGUCGGCGGCGCAAAUGCCGCACGGCUCUCCGAUCCCGCCCUGACCCACGUCGGGUUCUGGACGGACAACGGUGCCGGCGACUUUUGGAACGAAGACGGAAUCAAGGUGUUGCCGCUACCAGAGACGGAGAUCCCGCGGGCCGUGCAAAUCUUGCACGAACAAGGGCUGACUAUACCCUUUGUUCAGUUGGAUGGGCUUCGCCGCGUGGGCGUCUCCAAAUGGUUGUUGUACAAAGCGUUUUUCGCCCCCGACUAUGAUCUCUUUGCGCGGUACCCAAAGAUGCAGUCACCAGCUGGUCCCUGGUAUCCCCAACCGAGUGCAGCCCUCGACUUUUUCCGUGACUUUUUCGCUCAGGGCGUGGCCUUGGACAUGGCCUCCUUUGAGACCGAUUUCAUGUCCGAUCACCUACUACCUACGCCCCUGCUCUUCACCAGCGGUGACAGUCUAGAAACAUAUCUGGCCGGGCUUGGUCAGGCGGCCUUGGAUGCCGGGAUUCCCAUGCAAUGGUGCAUGCCCACGGCAGGCGUGGUGCUGGCGGCCGUGAACAAGCCGGCCGUGACCAAUGUGCGGGUGAGCGUCGACUAUGCCUGUGAGGGACCCUUGAAUUUGCCCGUCUCGUGGGCUCCCAAUUACAUGAUUGGCGUCGGGGGACUGCUGGCCGAGGCGGUGGGGGUGGUGCCCAGCAAGGACAUUUUUCGCACCCGCAGCCACGUGGAGCACGACUUGCCCGAGUGUGGGUCCGUGCAUGACCAACCCAACUUUGAGCUGGACGCCCUGCUUGCUGUCUGGUCCACGGGCCCGGUGGGUGUUGGGGAUGGAACCAAUUUGACCAACAUCACCCUGGCACAGCGCCUGGGUCGCAGUGACGGCGUCGUAUUACGGCCUGAUCGGCCCGCGACUGCCGUGGACGCCACCUUCGUGCCACCAGCACAGAGCCAAAAGACGCUGCAGCCCUUGGUUGGCUUUUUGCCACUCACCUCUGACGGCGAUUGCACCAGCGCGCGGCCUUGCUCGCCCAUCCUCUAUCAGACGCAUGCCAGCUUGCCGCUGAGUUUGGCAGCACCGGGGCGUUCUGGCCUCGACGCCAAUUACAGCAAUUGGCACUAUUUUGUGAGCAUUCACCUGGGCUCGUUUGCGCCGGCGCGAAGCGAGGUCUACCCGGUUAUGGAGCCCGCUCAGGCCUUUGUCUACUACGAGUUGCGCUGGCGGAUGUGCACGGCGGGCCAGAGUGUGGCGGCGCAGCCAGAUUGUUUGCAGCACCUCAACGCUUCAGCUACCUGGUUGCCCGAUCUUACAUCGGGUGAGAAGCGAACGACGGCGGACGGCGGCGAUGCGUGGCGAGCUUUUGCCUUUGCACCCGUCCUGGCCUAUGACUGGAUCUUUCUAGGGGAGCGCACCAAGCUGACGCCUGUUUCGUCGGCCCGAGUGACCGCUGUGGUCCCUUCGGCUGACUGCCUGGUGGUACACCUGGCACCGGGCUCACCGGCCGACUGGAUCUUUGACGUCGUUUAUCCCAACAGCACGCUGGUCCGGGGCAUGUUUUAUAGUUCCGAGAAAACUACUCCAGGUCGUGGUGCAUCUGGUCACAACAGCUGUUGUAAUUUACUGUUUUGCUCCAGCUUUUGUGAAGCCUCUGAAAAACCACUCAGCAUGAAGGCCUUCUGUGGACCCAAGUGCUCGCACUGCUGCUUUGUGCUCGGCAUCUGGGGCAUCAUCAUGCUGCUGAUUCUCGGCGGCCUUUUCAACGCCCACAGCAGAGCUCUGGUGACCGACGCUGGAGGUAACACGUUCAAAGACAUGGAGGAUGCCGGAACGCAAUGCUUCAUCGCAGCGGGCGUGUACGUGGCCACAACUCUUAUCAGCUUCUGGCAAAUGCGCCUCAACAAGGGUGCUUCAAGUGAUAUCUCUGCCGAAGAGCUCGAGUAUGCCAACUACUAAGCUGGCUGAUGCAUGUCUCCGCCUGGCCUCUCGUCCAUCGCCCCCUUUCUUGUCUCUCUAGCCUCUUUGUCUUUUGUGCGCUCUCCUUGCCCGCCCUGCUUCGUGGUCGACUUGCGCCCUCAGGCGGAGCGAUUGGUGUAGUCUUUCUUGUGGUCCGCGCUUUGCACCACCUCUGUGUUCACCACACCAACACAUUGUCUUUUUAUCCUUCUUCAGUCAACAGCUCGUCUGCACGCAUGCCCAAGGGUCCCGCUCAGGUAGCCUUCCUUUCUUCGUCUAACCUUGUUCUCUUCUUUUCUUUUCUUUUCUUUUCUUUUCGAGUGGGUGUGUAUUUUGAAUUUACUUGUCUGCCACCUUGGCUUCCUGGCACAUCUCCGCGCACCUGUUGGCAUGAUGGUGUCUGGGCCUUGCUUUUUAUCCAAGAAGACGAUUCGCCCGUGAAACUUUCGUCAUGAUCGUUUUACCAAUUGUACGCCCACCAGGAA